CUCGUCGUAGCGGGUACACCGGCGAGGGUGGGGAUUCGAUCAUGUCGUGGCCACGUUCUACUUCUCCUACCUCGUCGGAAGUGCAGUUAGCCAGGCAAGCCGAUGAUCCAUGGUACAUUGCAUACCAAGAUGAAUCAACCCAGUGGUGUAGCCAGAGGAUGGAUUUGGAGGAGAAGGUGGCCAAUUUAGGUGAUGAAUUGGCCCGUAAAAACCUGAUGAUAUUCGAGCUGAAGCGUACUGUGGAGGAAGAAAAGAAGAAUUCAGAGCUUAUUCGCAAGGAGAAGUUGAGAGUUGAGACAGAUCUUGCCGUAUUUGAUCAAGUGGUAGAAAAUCUAGAACAUGAACUUCAAGUGAUGGGAGAGGACAAAAAUGGCUCUAAUCAAUGUAUUUUGUUAUGGCUCUAA